UUGGGGACAGCGGGGAUUUGGGGACACGCGCGGGACAGGAGGGUGACGCGGAACGCGCCCGCCCCGGAACGUCUCCGCUCGGGUCCGAGUUGUCGGAGGGAUCGCAUUCCGGAGCGGCCCCGCCCUCCCCGCUCAGCCAAUGGGCGGCGCGCGUUGCCCGCAGCCAAGAUGGCGGCGGCGCCCCCCGUGAAGGCGCUCCGGGCGGCGCCGCCCGCGAUGGCGGCGGCCGGCGGGGGCCCGUGAGGACCAUGGGCAACGCCGAGGGCCGGGCCCCGCGCCGGGCCGAGCCCCGCGGCAACCCCGGCAGCUUCGAUGAGCUGCACCGGCUCUGCAAAGAGGUGUUCCCGCCGCAGAUGGAGGGGGUGAAGCUGAUCGUCACCAAGACCCUGAGCAGCCACUUCCAGGUGACACACACGGUGCACAUGAGCACCCUGGGCCCCUCCGGCUACCGCUUCAACGCCACCUUCGUGGGGGACCGCCAGCUGGGGCCCACCGAGGUGUUCCCCACGCUGCUCGGGGACAUGGACAGCUGUGGCAGCCUCAACGCCCAGGCCCUGCACCUGCUGGGCGAGCACCUGCGAGCCAAGGCCGUGUUCCAGUUCGACGGCGAGUACCGCGGGGACGACUGCACGGCCACGCUGACCCUGGGCAACCCCGACCUGCUGGGCGGCUCCGUGAUCGUGGUGGCACAUUUCCUGCAGAGCGUCACCGCCCGCCUGGUGCUGGGCGGGGAGCUCGUGUACCACCGGCGGCCCGGGGAGGAGGGAGCCAUCCUCACCCUGGCUGGGAAGUACUCGGCCCCGAACUGGGUGACAACGCUCAACGUGGGCUACGGGGGGGCCCACGCCAGCUACUACCACCGGGCCAACGAGCAGGUGCAGGUGGGCGUGGAGCUGGAGGCCAACACGCGCCUCCAGGAGAGCACCUUCGCCUUCGGCUACCGGCUCACCCUGCCCGGGGCCAGCGUCGUCUUCAGAGGGCUCCUGGACAGCAACUGGAGCGUGGGGGGGGUCCUGGAGAAGAAGCUGCCCCCCCUGCCCGUGACGCUGGCCCUGGGAGCCUUCCUGAACCACUGGAGGAGCCGCUUCCACUGUGGCUUCAGCGUCACCGUGGGGUGAUGGGACAGGGACGGGGGACAGGGGGACAGGGGGACAGCACAGCGGGGACUGCAGGGACAGCAGGGACUGCAGGGACAGGGGGACAGGGGGACAGCAGGGACUGCAGGGACUGCAGGGACAGGGGGACAGCAGGGACAGGGGGACAGGGGGACAGCAGGGACAGGGGGACAGGGGGACAGCAGGGACAGGGGGACAGCAGGGACAGGGGACGGGGGGACAGCACAGCAGGGACAGGGGGGCAGCAGGGACAGCACAGCAGGGACUGCAGGGACAGCAGGGACAGGGGGACAGCAGGGACAGGGGGACAGCAAUGACAGGGGGACAGGGGACGGGGGACAGCACAGCGGGGACUGCUUGGACAGCAGGGACAGCAGGGACAGCAGGAACAGGGGGACUGCAGGGACAGCAGGGACAGGGGGACGGGGGACAGCAGGGACUGCAGGGACAGCACAGCAGGGACAGGGGGACAGCACAGUGGGGACUGCACAAUGGGGACAGGGGGACAGCAGGGACAGGGGGACAGCAGGGACAGCACAGCAGGGACUGCAGGGACAGCACAGCAGGGACAGGGGGACAGCACAGUGGGGACUGCAGGGACAGCAGGGACAGAGGACGGGGGGACAGCAGGGACAGCACAGCAGGGACAGGGGGACAGGGGGACAGCACAGCAGGGACAGGGGGACAGCAGCGACAUCAGGGACAGGACAGCGGGGACAGCAGGGACACGGGGACAGCCUGUGGUGGCACCGUCCUGCUCAGGGAGCUGCCAGGCCAGGCCGUGCAGGUGCCACAGGGACAGCGGGGACACGGCGGGCUGGGGACAGCGAGUGACAGUGCCACGGGGGGGCUGGGGGUCCCCGUUGUCCCCAGUGCCACCCUCUGGGGGUGGCUGCUGCCAUGGGGCUGGGGGUCCCCGUUGUCCCCAGCGCCACUGCUGCCACUGGGGGUGGUCCCCGUUGUCCCCAGCGCCAUGGCGGCCGUGCCUCAGUUUCCCCGCGGCGACACACCCGGGAGCCAGGAUAAAUAAAGGAGCUUUACUCUGUG